UUUAUCACGCUCAGAUGAAAUUAGACUACACCCGUAAUGUGGCUUUUUGUACAUACGUAAAAACUGGGUCGUGUUCCGGUUCAGGAGCUGGCAUCACAGUCACUACUGGGUCCCGCACACUGACGACGCUGUUUGACUGUAGUCUGAAAGAACUCGAAGAUGGCUGCGUGCAUCGUCCUCCUUAUCGCCUGUGCCCUGCCCGCUCUGGUCCUAGGCUACUCUACAGCAGCAGGACCUCCAGCCUGCAUCAACCUCACUCCUCAACAUGAUGGUACCAUCGCCCAGAACUCAACGCCGCCAUACUCACUCUUCGUGGAUACAAACUCUGUCAAAAAGGGAGGGAUGGUUACUGUCACCCUGAACGCAACUGCCACCGACGGAUACUUCGAGGGUUUCCUGGUCCAAGCCCGCUGUACCAAGUGUAGCACCGCCGACACUGCCAUAGUGCCCGGGACCUUUGCCAAGUAUACCGCCUCGGAUGGUACUAUUCAAACCAUGGACUGUUUAAAUGUCACCAAGAACUCCAUCACCCACACAAGUGAAUUUAAGAAGAAGUCAGUUAUGUUCACCUGGAAGGUACCAGCUGGUUACGACGUGUCACAGGGUAUCAAGUUCAGGGCUACGGUUGUCAAGAGUCUACGAACAUGGUGGAACACGGUGAUGUCUGACGAGAUCAGCGUCACGACCAGCAGCUGCUCACGGUCUGCAUCGGCGAUGGCUGUUGUCAUUGGCUCCAUCAUUGCUUCUCUGUUACUAUCGCACUAUUUAUAGUUCAAACAAUUCCAUGAACAGCACGUAUUUGUUUCUUUCUAAGAAUUCGUGCAGGCUUUUCUGUAAGUAGAAAUCAGCGAAUGUUAUACCCAAACCAUUUGAAGACGCUUCUUUACAAGUCUGUAUUUCCAAUGUAUCUUUAUACAAUGCAUAUAUCAUAUUUGUAUGUUAAUUGGCAAUAUAGUCAUCUGAAUUGUAUCAAAAUGAUCUGUUUGAAAAUUGUACUGAAUUCUUCAUCAAAUAAACUCCAAAUAUAAGUCUGAAAUGUAAAAUCCUGCAGUUAAGUGUCAUUAAAGAACCAUGAGCAUUGUCAUUAUGAA